AUGGAUGAACAUACGAAAGUAUCUGAUCAUCUAAGUGUUCUAAAGGGUAUUGUUUCUGAAUUAGUAAUUAUUGGAGUUAAGAUUGAUGAUGAAGAUAAAGCUUUGAGACUUAUAUGGUCUCUUCCAUCUUCCUAUGAGCAUAUUAAACCUGUUUUAAUAUAUGGGAAUGAAACUUUGAGCUUUGAAAAAGUUGCUAGUAAGAUUAUUUCUAAAGAAAGAAGAUUGAAGGUUAAGGAGAAUACUUCAUCAAACUCAGUGUUGGUUGCUAGAGGAAGGUCGUAUCUGAAGAAAAAUAAUGAAACGGGUGUGAAAUGUUGGAAAUAUGGAAAGCUUGGACAUAUAAAGUAUAAGUGUCUUGCUUGGGCUGCGUUAGAGAAGGGCUUUGAGUAA